CGUCGCUCGGCCAAAAGAGAGAAGAAGAAAAAAAAAAAUACCCAACGCGUUUUAUGACCUCCGCCGUUGUGCGUCUUCGUGUGACAGGAGAGCGACGCGUCCACCUUUCGCCGCGUUGAAAGGAUUUAUUAUCAAGAUGACGCGCCGCUUCUGCAAGUUCGUCGCCACGCGCCCAGUGGCCACGCUUCUCUUUCUCUGCGCGUUCGUGGACACGGUGUCGCCUGUCACCCACUACUCCGUUCCCGAAGAAAUGGAGGAAGGUUCCGUCGUCGCACAUUUGGCGUCCGAUUUGGGCUUAGACGCGAGGACGCUGCACAAGCGGAAAAUGCGCAUCGACGUGGUCGCCAAUAAAAAAUAUCUAGAGAUCAACAAGGACACGGGGGAGCUGUUUAUUUUGGAGAGAGUAGAUAGGGAGGAGUUAUUGUGUCCUCUAAAAACGACCACGUCCUGUUUUCUGAAAUUGGACGCAGCGAUUGAAGAUCCAAUUCGCAUGUUUAACAUUGAGGUGGAAAUCACGGACAUUAAUGAUAACGCUCCUCAUUUUCGACGAGGCACCAUGCAUUUGGACAUAUCCGAGUCGAGCCCGGUUGGAGAGAGAUUCUCCCUGAAUAAUGCGGUGGACCCAGACGUCGGCGUCAAUUCCGUGCAGGACUACCACCUGAGCUCCAGCCAACAUUUUAACAUCGAAAUUCAGACGGGCAGAGACGGCUCCAAGUUCGCCGAUUUGAUUUUGACAAAGGUGCUGGACAGAGAGCGGCAGGCUGAGCAUCAUCUCAUCCUCACUGCUGUGGACGGUGGCGUGCCCACGCGCACGGGCACGGCCGGCAUCAUCGUUCGAGUCCUGGACGUCAAUGACAACGCCCCGUCAUUUGAACAAGGCAAAUACUUUGUGGAAGUGAUGGAGAAUUCCCCGAUUGGCAGUCUGCUCAUUCAGCUGAACGCCACCGACUUCGAUGAAGGCUCCAAUUCGGAUGUAUUUUAUUCUUACAGUUUGUACACGUCCGAGAGAACGCAGAAUGUGUUUCAUUUGAAUCGGGAAAAUGGGGAAAUCAGAGUGAAGGAGAUGAUUAAUUAUGAAGACUUCAAAAUGUUCGAAAUGGAAGUCAUUGCAAGUGAUAAGGGGCUAAAAUCGUUAUCUGGUCAAUGUAAAGUGACGAUACAGGUGACAGAUAUGAACGACAACCACCCCGAAAUAUCGAUCAAGUCUUUCCAAAGUCCGGUCGGUGAGAAUAUCGCUGUGGACACGGUGAUAGCAGUGGUCAGCGUGAGCGAUAAGGACUCGGGCGACAACGGACUGGUGGAUCUUCACAUUCCACCAGAUACGCCUUUCCGACUGAGGGAGUCCUCCGACAACUAUUACCAGUUAGUGGUUUCGGAGCCCUUGGACCGCGAGAAGGUUGCGGAAUACGACAUCACCUUCACGGUGACGGACAGAGGCUCGCCCCCGUUAAGCGACAACGAAACCGUGACCUUACAGCUGCUGGACGUGAACGACAACGUGCCGCGCUUCCCUCAGUCCUUCUAUAGCAUCCGCGUGCCGGAGAAUAACGCUCCCGGCGCCUUGCUCACUUCCCUCAGCGCCUUCGACCCCGACCUCCACGAGAACCAGUACCUGGUUUACUUCAUUGUGGAGAAGGAGAUCGCCAACACCUCCAUGUCCAUGCUGUUCUCCAUCAACCCGGAGAACGGCAACCUUUACGCGCUCAAGACCUUCGACUACGAGAUGGAGAAGGACUUUCUUUUCCACAUCGAGGCCAGAGACUCGGGUUCUCCUCCGCUCAGCAGCAACGCGAGCGUCCGCGUGGCGGUGGCCGAUCAGAACGACAACGCUCCGGUCAUCGUCUCUCCGUGGCGGGCGCACGGCUCGGCGGUGGAGGAGAAGAUCCCCAGAUCCACGGAUAAAGGCUCUCUGGUGGCCAAGGUGAUCGCCUUGGAUGGGGAUUCCGUGCACAACUCUCGCAUCACCUACCAGUUCCUGCAGGUGAGCGACGCCUCCUUGUUCAGUCUGGACCAGUACAACGGCGAGAUCCGCACCACCAGGAUGUUCAGUUACAAAGACUGGCGCCACCAGAGACUGGUGGUGGUCGCCAAGGACAACGGGGAGCCCGCUCUCUCCGCCACGGUCACCAUCAAGCUGUCCACGGUGGAAACGGCCGCCAAGGCCUACUCGGACGGCGGCGAGGCGCCUCCGGAAUACGACAUCUUCUCCGACCUCAACCUGUAUUUGCUCAUCGGUCUGGGCUCGGUGUCCUUCCUGCUGCUCAUCACCAUCUCGGUCACCGUCGUGCUCAAGUGUCAGAAGGUCAAGCCCGGCAAUAUGGCUCCUCCCUGCAGGAACAGCGUGAUCAGCGAGCGGAACUCCACCGUGGCGGAUUCCACUCUGGUGUCCAACGACGCCUACUGGUACAGUCUGUUUCUCGCCGAGACCAGGAAAGGAAAGCUGGUGGUCAGGCAGCCCGUGCCCAAGGGCUCCAGAUACUUCGUGUCCAGUAUUCCCAGGAGCGCGGCCGGGUCCGCCACCAGCGACUCCGCCCCCUCCACCUUGCAGUAUCCGAAAUGAGGGAAGUCCACUCUGCAGCUUGGAGGCGUCCACGACCCGCAGCAAUCGAUCCACAUAAGGCCAGAACUCCCCCAGCUGCAUAUGGGACCAAUCCUGAUGGGAGAGCUCCGGAGGGAAAGCGGGAACGCUGAAUUGAGAUCACGCUCUCGCCCGUCACGCUCAGCCCGGUUCCUCAUAACCGAGACCCAAGUGAAUUUUGUGGUUGGUUGAGGAACUAACACCCCCUUCCUCUCGCUACAACCUCUCCUAUCUAUUCUUUAAGCACAUAAAAAGCCACUCUAAGCCUUUUUCUUUUUAAAUCUUUUUUUUUUCUUCGUGUGCACGGUAUGACUGCAUGGCUUCAACCACACUUCAUUCCCCAGAGAGAGGAAAAAAACCAAAAAAAGUUACAAGAGAUGUUAUUUGCCAAGAAACAGACUGGAACAUGUGGACAGUCAAAGAAGCCAAAAGAAGGGACCAACGUGGGCGGCCGACGGAAUGUUGGAAUCGCCUGCACGAGACUGUCUUGCCUCUUGAAAAGGAACCCUCGUUAUGCGGACAGUAUUUUACUUCUGUAUCAACUUUGUCUUUCUCAUUGUCUGCAUUCAUGAAAGUGGAAAUGACACAGUUGACUCGAUGUCUCAAAGCAACAACUUUUUUUUUUUUUUUUUUAAAGGACGGAAGCGGAGUUGGAUUUUUAUAAACUGUGAUGCGAGGUUUUGUAAACGACAUUGCGAGCGAGGCAUAAUGUUCGCAACAGAACGAUUCGACUGACUGAACAGGCCAAUCGUCACAAGAAUUUCUUUUUUUUCCCUCUCCACGACAACGGUGCGCUCACUGAUUUAUUUGGCUGACUUCAAAUAUUUGAGGUUAAAGUCAUAACCUGUUAUGACACUUGCUGCCAAGUCCAAACUGCUUUGAAAUAAUGGGCAAAUAAUAACCAUAAUAAAAAGUACAUGCAGCCCAUUCCGAUGGUGAAAAGAGGCCACUUUACAUGAAAUGCCGUGCCUACUUUUUAACUUUAAAAUGAUCUCAUGUUCGCAACUUGGGUCGUUCUAGUUUGACGAACACAAAAAAAGGGUGAGGCCUUUAGUCCAUGUUCACCUGCUCUCACUUGUUCUGAAUGAAAUAACAACCCUAGUUUGAGGUUGUGUACAGUUCAUUUUCGGUAUGAUCCCCAUUUUAUCUUCACAGAGCAAGAUAGUAGGAGAGGAACGGAACAAUAGUGUACAUGCGGCGUCACGCUGAUCCCUUCUUCUGUUCGACAACACGAGUGUGCUCGGUUGUAAAUGACUGAAGAUCGCACAGACUCUCAUUGUAGAUACCACAAAAUAUUUAUCAUAUUGUUUACUUUUUUUUUUUUUUUUUUUUUUUUUUACCCCCAUUAAGAAGACAAACAGCGGAUGCCCCGUAAUAUCAACGUCAAUGUCACGUUGCGUAACAUGGUACAAUAUGAGAUAUUGUACUCCAAUUUGUAAAUAAGAGUACUCAGAAGAAAAUACAUCCUAAGUAUUUUAAUGCCGCUUCAAUAAUGCUGUCAUAACUUGUGUGCAGUGCCAAUACAACAUACAGUAAAUAUUCAAUCUAUCGUACAGUAAAAGCUUUAGCACAGCUCACAUUGCAUUACAUGUUUAAAGUUGUGAUGUUUUACAGGCAAAUGUAUAAAAUCAGUGCAUUUGUACAGUGGUGCUUUGACAGUGAAAUAUAUACUCGUGUGUGUGUGUGUGUGUGUGUGUGUAUGUAACGUCAUCUUGAAUAAAAACACAAUGGAAGCUAA